GUUCUCUAAGCAGACUGACUGACUAGAGACGGACACUCGCAGACCCUCCUCGUCUUCUUCAACAUGCUGAGGAAGGGUUCGGAGUUGCUCCUGGCCACAGGAGGUGACAGGGAGGUGCUGCUCGAUCUGGAUUACGUGACGAGCAAUCGGGGCGAACCCCAAACCACAGACAGCUAUGGGAGUCUGCAGAACGGGGGUUUCAUCCCACCAAGAUAUCUUUCAGCUGCAGCGGCUUCUUCUGAUGAUAAUGACGAUGAUGAGGAUGACCCCAUCUAUAUACACUGUGAUAAAACGAGUAGCCGACCGGAACAACCACUAGGGGGGAACUACUUUAGAGAUGGAAGAACCAAAAUAGACUUUGUUCUAGUAUGGGAGGUGAAACCGAGAAAGCAUCGCUCCAGAUGGAGGGGCCAAUCUGAGACCAGCGGUCCGGAGGAGGUCGGAGCCAGGGCAGAGGAGGGGAGCAGCAGGUCUGAGCGGAGAAAGGCUCAGCUAGCUCGAUGGAGGAACAAAUUCACCCAAAACCUGCAGAAUGCCGGCAUACUGCUGGAAAAGGUGGAGACGGCGAGCGAGAAAAAAACUAUCCAUUAUCUGAACCUGAGCGCCCCUUGGGAUGUGUUGGUGUAUUACGCAGAGGAGCUCAUUCUGAGAGCACCCCUACAGGCCCAACCGAACCCAAACUUCAACACUUCUGACCGGAUCCUUCGGAAACUAUACAUUCCCAACCUCAUGGCGGAGUCCUUGCCAAACAGGCCGCUGGACUACUACACUUGUGCCUUUCGCAAGUCAAAGAUGGAGAAGUUCCUCGGCUGUGAGAACCACGACACCUACUUUACUAACACACAGAGACACCGUAUAGUGUAUGAGCUUCUGGCGAGAACGGUGUACGGCAAGAGGAAGAGAGCAGAGGUGGGCGUGGCUCGACUGCUCAACGAGGGGGCAUACACUGCAGCGUUUCCCUUGCAUGAGGGCCCCUUUGAGCUUCCAGAGUAUGAGGUGCAUCCAGAUGAGCUGAACCAGAGGCAGGUCUUGUUCCAGUAUUGGGCCCGCUGGUCUAAAUGGUACAAGUACCAGCCACUUGACCACAUCAGAGAAUACUUUGGAGAGAAAAUAGCCCUUUACUUUGCCUGGCUGGGGUUCUACACAGCCUGGCUGCUCCCAGCGGCGGUGGUGGGGGCCUUUGUCUUUGUGUCAGGACUCAUGUCCAUGGGGACCAACACUCCUGCCAAGGAGAUCUGUAAUAGUGGGGGCAGCUACCUGAUGUGUCCUCUCUGUAAGACCUGCAAGCCCUGGAACAUAUCUGAUAUCUGCCCCAUGGCUCAGGUGGGCUACCUGUUUGACCACCCCGGGACAGUCUUCUUCAGUGUGUUCAUGUCCUUUUGGGCUGUCACCUUCCUGGAGUACUGGAAACGCAAGAUGGCCACCUUGGCUCACCACUGGGACUGCAUGGACUUCCAGGAGGAAGAGGAGCGUCCGCGGCCUGAGUUUGCGGCCAUGGCUCCUUCUAUAGAGUACAACCCAGUGACGGGAGUGAAAGAGCCCUACUUCCCAGAGAGGGCCCGACUGUCUCGCAUGCUCACUGGCUCUAUGGUCAUCAUCAUCAUGCUGUGUGUGGUUAUGAUUUUCCUCGUGUCAGUGAUUAUGUACCGUGGGAUAGUGAGUGUGAUGAUGUACCGCACAGGCAGUUUUGUGCUGCGCACUCAGGCAGGGAACAUUGCUAAUAUCUCCAGCAGUAUGGUGAAUCUGGCCCUGAUUCUGCUGAUGGGGCAGGUCUAUACUGCGUUGGCACUGCAGCUCACUAAAUGGGAGAUGCACAGAACACAGACCCAGUACGAAGAUGCAUUUACCUUCAAGGUGUUUGUAUUCCAGUUUGUCAACUUCUACUCCUCUCCCUUCUAUGUGGCAUUCUUCAAGGGAAGGUUUGUGGGUUAUCCUGGACACUAUGGUACCUUGCUUGGCAUGAGAAAUGAAGAGUGUGGUCCAGGGGGUUGUCUCAUUGAACUGGCUGAGCAGCUCUUCAUCAUCAUGGUGGGGAAACAGCUCAUCAGCAAUGUUCAGGAGUUUGUUAUCCCUAAGGUGAAGGCAUGGCAACAGAAGAGGGCGCUGAAUAAGGUGCGGGGAACGCAGAACUCCCAGGAGCCUCGGCGGUGGGAGGAGGACUAUCAGCUGGUGGAGUGCGAGGGCCUGUUUGAGGAGUACCUCGAGAUCGUGCUUCAGUUUGGCUUCAUCACAAUCUUCGUGGCUGCGUUCCCCCUGGCACCGCUCUUUGCCCUACUCAACAACUGGGCCGAGGUGCGCCUGGAUGCCCACAAGUUUGUGUGUGAGUACCGGCGGCCUGUUGCCGAGCGCGCUCAGAACAUAGGCGUGUGGUUUAACAUCCUGGAGGCCCUGUCGCACCUGUCCGUCAUCGUCAACGCUUUCUUGAUCGCCUUCACGUCGGAUUUCUUACCACGACUGCUCUACCAGUACAAGUUUGACAACGAUCUGAACGGAUAUGUUAAUUUCACUCUGGCCUAUGCUCCUCCCAGCUACACCAGCCAUCCCAUGUGCAGAUAUAAAGCCUUUAGGGACAACAAUGGAAAUUACACUCUGAUUUACUGGGAACUCCUGGCUGUGAGGUUAGGCUUCAUCAUCGCUUUUGAGCAUGUGGUGUUCAUUGUCCUGCGAGCGAUAGACUGGAUGGUGCCGGACGUCCCUGAGUCUCUGGGGCUGAAGGUGAAGAGGGAGCGCUACCUGGCCAAGCAGGCCCUGGCAGACAACCAGGAGGCCCUGUUGGUGAGUCAUCGAGGUUCGGCCUCCAGCCAAGCAAGCAACGCGUCCUUUGGCAACAUGAGUUAGAACAGUAGUGCUGAACUUCUGCACCCAAGAGAAGCAGAACAGAUGGAGAGGAGGGGUAGAGGGAGAUAAGAGAUUCCUUUGCAUUUCGGGUCCCAUCAAUGGAUUUGUUUCCCUGUUGCUCUCCGUCUGUUGUCUAUGGUCAGUCUCUAGGUUUGUUUACGGAAGGGAUGACUUAUCCGCAAAGGGCCGGUGUGGUUGCAGGUAUUUGUUCUAGCCAAGCUGUAACACAUCUGAUUCAAUGACCAACUUAUAGUCUUUCAUUAAAACUUUGAUUAGUUUAAUAAGAUUUGUUACUGCUGGGCUGGGACAAAACCUGGCACCUACAGUGGCUUUUUGCUGGUAAUAUUGGCCAGAACGGCCACCACCUGGUUUUCAGUAUGUGAGAGUGGGUUUGUAUUGUUCCAAUUUUUUUGCUUGAAUAUUAGCAGAUGACUAGACCUACUUCAACUCUGAUGAUUUGUAAUGCUCUCACUGUGUUAAAUGGACAAGCUUGAUUUACUCAAACAGUAAUGUUGUCUUCACUUUUCUUCAGACAGCCUGCUCUGUUGUGUAUAGGUAUACAUAAAUAUUUAUAUAUGUGAAACUGGUCCUGCUUUUCUAUACUAUCACUACACUAUAUUUGUAUGGAGAUAAAACCCGAAACAUAUCUUGUUUAUCUUGUUGGUAUAAGAGUUACUGCUGAACUAUCAUAGGAUUGAAGUCCUCCUGCAUGUGUUACCCGUUUUGUGCAAACUGUUUUGCAUUUCAAUAUUAAUAAUGUUUACAUACUGUUUUAAUUACUUUAUAUAUAUAUAU